UGACACACCUUGCGUGUUAAAUUAUAUAAGAAAAUUACCCUUAUGCGUUUAACGAUAAAUAUAACUGGUGACAAAUUCGAUAACGACAUCGCUAAUUGCUACCUAUCGACUCGCCAUCGAUGAACAAUUCAUGCUUGCUAACAUUAAUUCUAAUAUGUAAGAUGAUGAGGAGCAGAGUUAAGGUGGGGCAAAAUUGUGAGGGCGAGUGUGGAAACUAUGAAGAGAGAAUGGUUUAAACGCAUGGGGGAAGGGAAAAUCUUCUUCGGCGGCUUCAUAUAAAUGUCGGCUGUACUUCUACACCAUACUGCAGAGUCGAUCUUGUUCAAAUCGACAACAAACCGUCGUCAUGCAGCACUUAAUAUUGGUCUUUGCUCUAUUCGGCUGCGCGCUAGGACAAUUCGGUUCACUACGCGGAUUUCCAACACCUAGACCAAACUACCAACAACCAACGCCUCAAUAUAAUCAACCAUAUAGUAGUCCUGGAAGAUUUAUAGCUAUUCGCAGUCAACAGAAGGAUACAUACCCGGACGGUACCUACACCUUCAGUUAUGACACCGAAAACGGUAUUUCCGUUGCCGAAAGUGGUCGUCCUCAAGGCUCUGGACAAGGACAAAGCGAGGUCGUUCAAGGUAGAUUUUCGUACACCGCCCCAGACGGAUCUCCGAUUACCGUAGAAUACACAGCCGACGAAAAUGGCUUCCACCCUCAGGGAGCGCAUCUACCAACCCCUCCUCCGAUUCCAGAAGCCAUCAGACGAGCCCUAGCCGCUAACCCCCCCGGUCCCGAUAAUUCAGAUUACAGACAACCAUACAAUAACAAUCUUUUCCCAAGAUAUUAAAUAAAAGCUAUCGAUCAAAUGAUUUUAAGGAGUUCCAUACCUGGAUUGACGUGAUAUCUGUACAUACGUAUGUGGUAAAAAAAAAUAGAUAUCAAUCUUCACAACUAUAUAACAGUCAUUAAAUAACACACAA